AUGGAAAACACUUUUACUGAAGCCAUUGUGGCUGCUAUUCCCGCCGCUGGCUCAAAUCCUUCCGCUGCUAUCGGUGUGUGGGUGCAGGUUGUUACUGUUCUUGACAAGAUUCUGCAAGGUCAAGUUUUUGCUUAUGAUCCAGAGUCUGGCUUGCUGGUUCUUCAAAGUAUCGCUACUUUUGCUGCUGGACAGCAUCCGCGUUCACUACAGCAGCCUUCUCUUGCAUCUAGCAAUACUUCUGGUUUAUCCAAACAUGAAUCUACUGCUGAUUCUUCAUUGAAAUCUACCAGUGAACCCAACUCACCUGAUAAUCUUUCCGACAACCCUGUUACUCAUGUAGACUUGCAUUAUCUCAAACUGUCUGCUAUCAAGUCCAUCACUGCCGACCCUUCUGAUAUAAAGGCACCUAACCCGAUACCUCCCCUGAUGCCUCUCAUUCCGAUCUCUCUCGAACAGGUGCAGCAACGAGAGGAACAGGCUGUUCGUGCUGCUAUUGAGCAGAAUGCUCGGAUCGGCAUCGAUGUUUCGACUGAGGCACAGGACAUUUUUGAUGCGUUGAGUAAAACUCUUCCAGUGAUUUGGAAAGACAAGUUAAUUGUAGUCAUGGACGAGGUCACGAUCGCACCUCCUUACACAGCUGUCAUGUGCAGACUGCUACCAUCAAAAGGUGCACCUGGUACGCUGGAGCGUGUAAAAAAAGUGCUUCAAGGAGAAAGAACUCGUCUUGGAUUACCAAUAAAGCCAUAA